GUCGGACCUGUAACAAGAGCUGUAGGCACACUCCGCCUUCUUUACUAUCCGAAUCUCCCCUUCUUUCUUUUUCUCUUUCUCACCUCACAAAUAAAGAUUCCUGCUUUUCUUCCCCCCAUUCCCAUCUACCAUUUUAGCUUGCAACUCUUUUGCUCUAGUUUUCAAUUAGCACCAGUUCUGUUUUCGAGGUUAAGAUCUUUUGUGCUGCAGUGGCAAUGUCUUUCAGAGGGCUCAGUCGGCCGAAUGCUUCGUGUGCCAUGGCUGCGGCUGAGCACAGCAAGAACACUUUUAUGGAACUGCAGAGGAAGAAGGUUCACCGCUAUGUGAUAUUUAGGGUGGAUGAGAAGAAAAAGGAGGUUGUGGUUGAGAAGAUUGGUGGUCCGGCUGAGAGUUAUGAUGAUUUUGUGGCGGCUUUGCCGGAGAAUGAUUGCCGAUAUGCAGUAUAUGACUUUGAUUUUGUAACCUCUGAUAACUGUCAAAAGAGCAAGAUCUUCUUCAUUGCUUGGUCCCCUUCAACCUCCCGGAUCCGUGCCAAGAUGCUGUAUGCCACAUCGAAAGACCAAUUUAGGCGGGAGCUGGAUGGUAUCCACUACGAGAUUCAAGCUACUGACCCAACAGAGAUGGAUCUUGAGGUGAUCAAAGAGCGUGCGCACUGAACAUUGUCUGCAGUAAAACAUAUGUAUCUCCCUUGGUCAGUCAAAAUCCCAGUGGUUCUGUAAGGUUGUUCUCCUAGCAUCAUCAUGUGCAGAAUCCAUUACUGGCACAAGACUACUACUUCGCUGAAUAAACUAGCAUAUUUGCUAUGAAAAGUAUGGUCUAAUGUUAUCUGUUUGAUGUGGAAUUCAGUUUCCUACCAGUAAGCUUACUUCCUAGAUGAAAACGAAUUUGUCACUUGGUAAUGUUGUAAAACCCUGAAAUGUCUUCCUAUAUAAGUUUCGUUGCUAGUUGGAUCUAUUAUGUUUGAGGACCA